AUGCCUGAAUCAAGGAUUCCCGUUGCAUCGAGGAAAAGAACUGGGAAUAAGUUCUGGAGAAGGAUCAGCAUUAAAUUCACUCAACGUGGGGAAAAGCCCGAGGAGUCACGUUUAGUUAAGGUCACGACGACGUCGGCACCUAAGGACCAACAACCGAUUAAGAACACCACGAAGUCGGUACCUAAGAACAUGCAAAUAGCUGCCAAAGACCAACUUGCUGUCUCUGGUGACCAUGAUUCCAGCGGCAAAUCCUCGGACCACCGGACUCCGAAUCAAUUAGCAGCCAGUUAUUACUACAAUAUGGUGGCAAGCCAAGGUGUCGAUGGGUGUUUUGGAGGUGAAAGUUUAGUGCAUAUGGACGGCGGAGCGACCAAACCCGUCAAGGAGCUAAAGAAAGGGGAUCUCGUCCAGUGCAAUGAUGAAGGCGAGAUAGCCGAGGUGAAAUGUGUAUUGGUACAGCAGGUCGCCGGAGGCACGAAGGCGAUGGUGAAGUUUGAAAACGGACUCGUCAUAACGCCGAUGCAUCCCAUCAUGUCCGAAGGUGUUUGGGCGCUGCCCAAGGACAUGCAAGAUAGCCACCAAGUCGAUGCAAAGCGGGUUUUCAACUUUCUCCUCGAUAAACAGCAUACUAUUGUCGUCAACGGCGUUGUCUGCUCCGCCCUGGGGCAUCAUCGCAAGGGACACACAUGGCAUCCGUUUUGGGGGAAUUGGCAUCAAGUUAUGAGCUGCAUGCGGCGGGUCGAUGAAGUUGGCUUCGAAAAUGGAUCCGUGGAAAUUGCAGGUACGGUGAGAGAUCAGAAGUCGGGCACUGUCUAUGGGUUUAGAUGCAUAGAUGGGACAGUCGUUGCCCAAGAAUCGAAGUGA